AUGGAUCAAGGUGCGAGCAGUGGAGGAGCUCCAGUGACGUCAACAUCAGGAAAUGACACGGAGCAGCAAAUACUGAAAACUCCUGUACACAAAAUGGAUCAAGGUGCGAGCAGUGGAGGAGCUCCAGUGACGUCAACAUCAGGAAAUGACACGGAGCAGCAGAAACUGAAAACUCCUCUCCACAAAAUGGAUCAAGGUGCGAGCAGUGGAGGAGUUCCAGUGACGUCAACAUCGGGAAAGGACACGGUUCCAGGCACAGCAAUCACCGAGCUCCUGGCAAGCUGGAAUGACUUCCAGCUGCUGCAGUUAACAGACUUUUACCGGGAAAGGCUGGAGCAGGCGAUGGAAGGAGGGGUGCACGGAGUGAGCCUGGCGUUAACGGCCGAGAAUCAGUUCAGCGGAGAGGAACAUCGGAAAAUCUCUGAUCUCGCUGAUAAGGGAGAGCGGGCGGACAGUUCUAAACUCCUCCUGAGCCUGGUGAUGGAGAAAGGCUCCCGCGCCCGGAGGGUGAUGUGGGAAACCUUUGUGAAAAUGCGUAUUGGUGUCCCAAAGUUUGACAAAAUACUGAAAGAAAUACAGGAACAUGGUUGUGUUCCGGUCCAUCGACCCGUACCGGAGAUUCCCAGUGAGCUGAAAGCUGUUCAACAGAAACACAAGGAGACUCUGCGGGCACAAACUGAAACACUGAGAGUGAACACGAUCCUGAUGACGGAGAAGGUGAAGGUUUUCCAGCUGGUUGAUCGAUACGCUGAGCUCUCGGUCAUUUCUACUGUUCGAGAUCGGAGACUGGUGGAACAUGAGCUGCUGGCAAGAGGCAGAGACCACGAGGAGUGUAGAGAGAAACAUCUCCGCAGAGAGCUGGAAAAAAUCAGGACUGAUCAAUGGCAGAAAUAUUACGAAACUCCUCACUGA